AUGAAGGACGUAAAGCAUGAACAUUGCGAGGCGGAAGCAGUUUAUCCUAUUAUAUCCGCUGAUUCAAAUUCUCUUUUUGCUUUGAUGUGGACUCAGAAUCUUGCAGCUCUGGCGGCUGGAACAAACACUAAUGUCUCAACUAACUCGUUAAUGCACCCUCUACUGAACUCGACAUCAGGCACUUUGCAGCAACUCAAUCCACUUUUGCAGACACUCGCCGUACAGUCUGGACUCAGUUUUGCAGCAGCAAAAUCCAUCGCAGUUCUACCACCUGCAAUAAAUAAAGAGGAUGAAAGCAUGGAUAAAGUACGCUGUAAGAAUUCUAGUAGUUCAACAUCAACUGGAAGUGGGAGUGAGCAUGAUGCAAAAAGAUUAAGGCUCGGAUCUCAUUCUCAAAAUCCCUCCACAUCAGAACCUGUUAAUAUUGCUUCAACAACUUCUACUGACGUUGCGCCUUUCAACAAUGAUAUUUCGACAGGUAACAUAUGA